AUGGCAAAUGAAAUAGCUAAUGAAGUCAAAGUUGAAAAAUUGUUUGAUGAGGUUGCAAUCGCAAUUGCAUCUCAAGAUCUAGGUGUAACUAAAAUUCAGGAUCAACUUGUUGAUAUGCUCGGUUUGAAAACUGAAGAGAAGACUAAUAAAAUUGUGAGAGCUGGGCGACUUCGUGAAAGACUUGGAGGUGGAAGAGGUAAAAACAUUCUCAUAAUAUUGGAUGAUGUUUGGGAAGAUAUUGAGUUGGAAACUAUAGGAAUUCUUUCAGCAAGUGAUGAUAGCAGGUUGAAAAUUCUAUUAACAUCAUGCUUUGAAGAUGUGUGUAGUAACAUGGAAGCUUAA